UUUUACAAAGUUUGCGGUCCCCUUUUCGAUAUUAAUUGUGUUCGGAAAUAUCAUUCCUAUAAACAGGCUUAUUUUAGUUUCCAGUAUCCUUUUUAAGAUCUACAUUUAGUGGUAGUACAAGAGAGAAGACUAUUUUUUUAGAAAAAAUUGCUGAACGUCCUUGAAAAGUAUUGGCAACUUCGCAACGUUUACAUUUACAAAUGUAUUCAACCGUUCUUCUUUAAUUUUAUGCGAAUUUUUGUUAUUUGUACAAUUAUGAACAAUUUUUUUUAACAAUACUACUUACUAAGGUAAAUGUUACAACAGAAAAGGCAAGAAAAGGUUAAAAAUGUAACAUUCAGUGACACAUCUCCCUCACGACUUAAUAGAAAAUAUGUAGCACCGCAAACUUCUUUUCGGCAAUGCACUCUAGUCAAAACCGUGCCGGGAACGAUUCUCAAAAUGCCCACGCAAACCGACUCAGUUGUCCAACUGAAAAAGAAACAAGAAGCAGCUUUAGUCAGCGAUAAAGUUGCAAAAACAAAAAACGAAAUUGAACAAUUGAAAGUGGAAUUGGAACAGUUGAUUAGUAGGGGUAUUACGGAACGUAAAUGUAACUUCCAGGAGUCUCCGCCUCGCGAUACCGAAACCGAGGUUAGGGAUAUAAAAGCGAAAACUUUCAAGGAUAAUAUCGCCGAUAUACUUUACAAUAAUGGAAGCGAGCCGGAAAAGAUCAUCGUUCCGUUGCCGAAAUCUAAACCGGCCGACAAAUCGGAGGUGCUUCAAACUAAAAAGGUUCGACACUACAAUCAAGAUGUCGCUCGCGAAUACAUAAAGAAGCAGAGGGAAAAACGGCGAGAGGAGAUGAUUAAUAAGAGGAAGGAGGGGGUUUCAAUUGCCGAUUUGAAAAAGCAACGUCUGCAGGAGUUACGUGAGACGUCUCAGAAAUUACUGACCAAGAAUGUUAAUCGAGCACGGUCUAAGGAGCGGGUCGAGGGGAUAAACACUGCGGCAAAAACCUACAGGGCGGACACUUCCUCAGAGCGAAAAGAGAUGGUCGAGAGUGUUCCUCAACUCGAAUGUGUUUCUAGUCAAAGAAUUGUAAGCGCGCGCUCACCACUCACUUUUGAUGUGCUCGAAACAGCUGAAAUUGAUAAGGAAGUAGCCGCCACCAAAAUUCAGGCAUUAUUUCGCGGCUAUCGGCAUCGAAAGUCUAUAAUAGAGGCUAAGAAAGGUGAACCGACGAAAGAGCUUGUUUGUAAGGAAGUUCAGACGAACCUCUACGAAUCGCCGAAGCCAGUUAGCUUGCCCGAAGUUGUGCCAUAUCCGUACAAUUUUAUAAGUGCCGUCAAACGUAAAUUAAAUUUAGUUGCUCAACAAGCGAAGGAGAACGCGUCGGUAGUUUUAGAGUCGCCCGUACGUCGAAGUCCAGAUUUAAAGUCAUUCCUAUCUGAUAAGUGCCUUAAUUUAGAUGUAAAGUCCGUAGAACAUUUAACGUUAAGAAAAUCUCACACGGGUUUAGAAAACGGCUGUGCCAGUGAAUCGGAUACCUCAAAGAACAUUCCCGAAUUGUCUAGUGAAAGUAGUGCGGAUACCAAUAUGUUACAUUCCAAUAAACGAGCUCAUUCGGAUACCGACGAGGAGCUCAGACUAAAGAUUAACAUGGACAGGGUGAAAAAGUUGAGGCUAAGACAACGGAAAUCCGUAGAGUCGGAGAUAUCCGAACGUAUUAGCGGAAGUAAGGAGAGUAUUAUAUCGUUUAACAGGUGCAAUUAUGAGAUUGCGAGUGAAAAAUCGGAGGUGCCAACUGAAAAAAUCAACAGCAGUGCUGUCCGUAAUAGUGCCAGUACUGUAUCGUCCGAUAAAAACAUUGAGGAUGCAGUAAAAGAAAAUGGCGAUACUUACAGCUUGGAAAAUAAGGAAAAUGUGUUGCCGACUGCCGGUGUAAUUGAAAAAUUGAGUGGUUCCCAAGAGUAUUCGAGCAACUUUACAAGUGUGUCUGAAGUACCUGCGCUGCAACCGCCGAGUGUGUCCCUGAAGAGCUCGUUACCUAUUUCGAGUUCAGAGCAAAAGGAUGGUGGGACGGUAUCAAAUAGGGUUGCAAGUAUUACUCUUAAACCUGGGGAGAAGUCUUUUGUCGAAAGCAAGGUCAAAGCAAAUGAGAUUCAUUUAAAAUUUGAGGCGGAGCUACAUCUUCUCAAUGACUUUAACAACUCCCUUCGACAAGUCAUGGCUGUAGAAAAGUCAUUGCUCGAACUUCACAACAAGAAGAACGACACCGCAAUGAGCUUCCAUACACGUGACACUCAAACGUCGUUUAUGAAUCAGCAAAGUCAGAUCGCCACCAUAAACUAUUCGCGAGGCUCUGACGUCAGCGACAACGACACGCUCAUCACUACAGGUUUUGAAUUGUCUCAGUUCAAUUCGCCAAUCGAGGAAAGCUGCUCGGAUAAUUCGGUCGUGCCCGAGAAGAUUAACGGCGAGGGUACAUUUGCCGGAUUAUCUCUAGAUAUGUUCGAACGGCUGAUUAAAGACGAAGAUGCGCGAAUUGAAAAUUUAAAGGCUAUUCUAAAAAUUCGAGAGAAGGCGCUAGUUGAUCGCACCAAAGGCGAAUUGGCUUGGUUGGAGAUACAAAAGAAACAUUUGAAGGAUGGGGGGCAGCUGCAAGAGAUAUCGGCGAUUAAGAAGAAACAGAGGGGUCUGCUGAUUAAGCUCGAACAUGAACGGCAUGAGAUGCAAAGGUUGAAGCAAAUGCAGAAGGCCGCCUCGAAGGAGCGCAAAUCUGUGUUAAAAGAGCAACGCAACAUGAUUAAGGCUCAGCUUUCAACAGGCGGCACUGUUACCAAAAUAAAACGGCACGCUAGAGAAGAGAGGCGGCACAGUGGGCCCAUAAAAGUGUAUAAUAUAAGAAGUCAGAGUGAUACUGUCGUUUCCGAAACAUCAAUGACUAGAAAAAGUUCCGUAACUGAGGAGAUCGUGAGUGAGCAACGAUCGCAUUCGGUUGUCAGUCAGAUUUCUGAGGAAAUAAUCUUAAGCGAGAAGUUGCAAAUCAAGACCAAUCAUACGUCGAGUAUGCCAACGGAAACUGUUAAAAGAUCGCUGUUGAUGCGCGAGGCGGCACUACAGAAGCGGCGAAAGGUGGCUGAAGAAAUACUACAAUGGCAUCAGAGACUCCUCGAAGAAGAAAAGAAGAUAUCCGAACUCGAGAUGGCCGCAAGUUCCAUUAUCAAUCAGGCUGCACCAAUAAAAGACGUUGAUCUUAAUAAAAUCGCCAGGCAGAAAUUCAAAGGAUCCCAAUUGAAUCAAUUAUGGUUGAGCAUGACCGGACGACAGGAGAAGAAAUUCCAAGAUGACGAGGUUUACAACAUGUCGCAGACGUCCCUGGAAAAAUUCUGCAAAAACGCCAAACACUACGAUAAGUUACAGAGGAGGACACCAGAAUCGCGACAGUCGUCCAUUCUUGCUGAUGAAAAUCGCAGUGCCGAAUACUUAUCGGAUUUUGAAUCCGUGGCCAUAAGUUGCAAUGGAAAAAUCGGCGAAUCGUCGGAGUCUGAUGAAAUUAAUACUGUAACGGAAAUUUCUAGGCGGAAAACUCCUCUUCGAGAGUCAAAGUCUGAUACUAACAUCGUUGAGCUUCUGAGUCAUAGCAGAAAGACUGAAACUUGUGCUAACAAUUCUAUUUCCUCGACUCACUCUGCUUUAGAAACAAGUGAAGAUGAACCCACUCGCAAUGUGGAUGAGGCGCAGUUUGAAACCAGUCAUACUCAUUUGGGCUCGAUUGAACAGCUCAAAUCUCCAAGUGAUUCGCUUCCUUCCAAAGAAAUUACAGAAGACCCUACUAACACAAGCGGCGAGUUGGAGAGAUCUAGUGAGCCAAAUCAAAACUUAUCUAAUGUUAGUGAAGAAUCGAGUGUGGAGUCUAAUGGAUUUCUGGAACUAAAAACUCAAAGCACGAACACGAGUGGUGAGUUGAAGACAUCUAGUGAGCCAAAGCAAAACUUAUCUAAUAUUAGUCAAGUAUCAAGUACUAUGGAGCCGUUUUCAAAAAUAAAUACGCAAAGAGGUACCGGGAUCUCAGAGAAUGGCUUCGUGUCAUCAAAUGUGGAAUCGAGUAAUUUAAUAUCUUCGAAAAUAAAUACGGAGCGAGGCACAGGGACCGGCUUCCAUUCGCAUCGUACCAAUAAAAGUGAAAGUGAGUCAAAGUUGCCGAUUACGAGGUUAUCGGGUGAGGUCCGCUCAGUAAAGAUCUGUGAUUUAGGUAAUGAAAUUGUAAACGAAAUUUUGCUCAAAAAUUUAGAUGUAAAGGUGACUCUCGAGGACGAGUCUAAAGUUAGCGACCUCUCCGUGUCGAACUUGAGUGAAAAUGUCUCGCCGAGUCGUACCAUUGACUCGAUUAGUGAAAUUGAAGAGGAUCAAGUUUUUGAUCAGGAGAGUAAAGUGCCGUCGGCCAUCAACGUUUCGGGCUUGGCUAAUACAGUUGAGGAUUCAACAUCAUGCAAACCACCAUUAACUGUGGAUGUUUCUGAAUUGCCUAAAGUCGAUGAAGAUGCAGCAUCUGUUGAGGACACUAGAACAAAAUCGCCAACUGAUUCUAAAAGUAAUACUUUAGCUUAUGAAGAUGCAGAGGUUAGUAAAAGUGAGGAGGUUGAAGAGGAGGUGAUUGUAAACGAAGAAACCUGUCAGAGUAGUGUGAAACCCGCAGGUCUGUUGCUAUCUAGCUAUGGUUUUAUAGAAGGUAAUCGAUCUGAUACAAUCGAAUCCAUCAGUGAAUUUGAUGAGAAGGUUAAGUCAACCGAAGAGGAGGAGGGAAAUGAAACUGACGUGAGCAAAGACGGAGAUCUUCUGGAGCAAAAGUCAAACAUCCCAAGCUUGGAGAGAGAUAAAGACACGAGUAGUGAAACUGAACAAUCAAUAUCCGAGGAAUCAAAAGCUGAUCAAAAAUCGAAUGAGGUUCCCAGCCCUUCACUCGCCCUAAGCUUAGAGAGCAAAGAAGACAAAACUAGUCAACUAGAGCAGAGUGUUUCAGAUGACAACACUCCUUCAGGUGACCUGGAAGCGAGCAUAUCCGAGAAGGUGGCUGAUGAAAAGCAAAUUGAUGUGAAAAAGCGGGUCUUGGAAAUACUUUCCGACGCCAACAUUUCAAGUCCGAGAGGCGAUCGAAGUCCAAGAAUGCAAGACUUUUAUGUGACCGCGUAUGACGUCGCUUCCGCGGAGAAUUCUCCCAAUUCCGCUUCUCCCACUGAAGAUGCGCAGUCGUCUUUUGGUACUCAAAAUGUGACGGAUGAAGUUGAAGAAUUGCUCAAGAAACAGAUUGCAAUUGAGCGGGAGAUAAAAGAAAUUCAACAGCAACAAAAAGAGCACCUGCCCUAUCUAUACGUCAGAGAAAUUCCAAAUAAACCACCCCCUCCAUAUACGCCACCAGUAACCAAGCAGCAGACAAACAUCAAGGACAGUAUUCUACCAAUUGGGGAAGCGCAAAUAGACGUAAUCACCAAAGCAACAUCGGAAAUCUUACAUAAAGCUUUUAAGGAGAACAAUAUACGCAAUAUCACCUUAUCGGACAACGCGAAAAAGAUACUCGAUCUCAAACACAACGUAAGCGCUCACUGUUUCCAAUUCGUCUUUGAUUUAUCAAAGGAAACCGCAAUUGACCAUUACAAACAGUUUGAACCGGAAACGGGUCCUUCCUGGAUGCACCUUCAGAAACGAACAAAGCUUGCCAUUGGGAAACCACUGGAUCAAAGUGGCUUGGACAAAUUAAUAAAAAGGAAGAUUAAGCAAAUGUUUGGGUUUGAGACUGUGAAGGCAGUCGAGAGUAAAAAGCACAAAUGGAGUGGGAAAAAGCGCGACCAUGUCGACGAACUACUAGUAAUCGAAUGCCAAAGCGAAGAAGCGGAAUGGACGAAUUAUGACAGAGACGAAUUGAUCGUUAAGGAUGAACUAACGAAGGAAAUAUUUAAUAUGUUACUUAGUGAAACUGGACAGGUUUUAAGCAACAUUUUGAAGAAAAAAAAUUUAAGUUGAUCAUUCAAUUAGUAUAAGCGCUCUUGUAUUUUUAAUAGGAGGAAGGUUACACAUACAUUCAUGUUAACUACUUUGCCAUAUCAAUUUAUAUUUUUAUACUUCAUUUUUUUGCAAUAAAUCGUAAAACUAUG